GAGAACAGAAGGCUGCUGUGCAGGGUGGAACGUUCUGCAGAGCAUGGGGAGAACCUCUUGCUCCAAAUCUGCUAUUGCCUGUGGUGCUGUACUAAAGGAUGGUUCAGAUUCUGAGGACAGGAAAGCAUUAAGAGCCUUGUCAGCAGAAAGUAAUUAACUCCAGUGAGUAGGAGAUGCACAACACAAGUGCAAUCUGUCACUGGAAAACAGUUUGGGACAGGAAGCAAAGAAUAUAUGAUCUCCUUGAAAAGAGAAGUUGAAUUUAGAAAGGCAGAUUACAAUUACGUGCAAAAAAUUCAGCUAGGCUUCUGUGCUAGGAAUUUUUCCCUGUUAUGACUGCAGAUGGGUAUAAUCUCACUUCUCUUUCUCAAAGGGUAUUUAAUGGGAUUUCUCUGCAGUUAUUAGCUCUGAAUUUCUGUGCAUAUCUCAUUAAAAUUAACCUGGUGCUCUGCUCUGCCACAGCACUUUAUUGGGGGCAACUAGCAGCUGAAAGCAAAGUACAGUGGAGCAUCGGCAUUAAUGUAUUUUCAGGUCUGGAGAAGUUUGGCUGCUGGCUCUGCCACAACUUUGAGCAAAUGGUUUGCUCUAGAUAAUUUUUAAGGUUCCUUCCAAGCCAAACCAUUCUAUGAGUCUCUGGUCUGGAUGUGCCUCAAUAUUUCCCAUUACUAGAACAGCAUGAGCAUCUGUUAGAUGUGGUAAUGAUGUGCACGCUGUGGUUUACCCUUCUUGGCUCGAUGAACAGGCAUGUACUUUGAACCAAAAACAAAUCCUCUUUGCCUAUGGCUUCAUUGGACGUUUGUUCCCUGCAAAAAAAUCAUGAGGACAUAAUUACUUUGAUGUUCCUGGAAAACAGAUCUAGAGAGGUGACAACAGGAGUGGUCCUUCUGUAAGAAGGACAACUUCCUGUAAGAAGUUGUAUGCCAAGUGAUGGCAAAUUUUGUAGAAAUUUUAGAGAACACAGUAUUUUUUGUGAGGUGUUUUGUGCUCUAGCAAAGCACUGUGUGAGCUCCCUUUCAUCCUGCAGCAGCUCAGCAUGCUGCAGGAUUGAGCCCUAAUUGCCUGGCUGCCUGGAGGAUGCAGCAGGAAUAGCAGUAAUGUCUUGGCUGACAUAAAAGAAACCAUUUCAGCAGGAGUUAAGGACAAUAAAAGGAGCAGGGAGCAGAGAUGGAUAAGAUACUGGAAGCUGUGGUGAUGUCUUCAUACCCCAACAAUGUGAAGCAAGGACUAGUAAGGCGUGUCAUUGAGGCGUCGAAACAGCCCAUGGACAGUGAGCAAUGCUGGUCCAUGCUGGAACUGUCCACCAAGCUUUAUCUCACUGGGGACACCAAGUAUAAAAGAGAGAUUGGGAAGGAGGUUUUGGAGGUCUACGGCCACUAUCACCCGGAGGAAUUUGAGGAGUUCUUCAAUGUCCGCUUCCUGCUGAGUCUCCUGCAGGAAGGCUAUGGACCUCUGGGGAAGAGAAGCCAUUAUGUACUUGAUUAUAUCCAGUUAGGAUUGCAGUUUGUUCUGGAAAGCCCAUCAGCAAACAGCAUCUUCAGCUUAUUGAGGAUCGAGGUGCUCCGGAAAAUCUGCGAGAGGCCCAGCCCCAAGCAGUGUGCGAAGAUCAGCAAACUGUUAACCCAGCAUCCUCAAUGCAUUCCCACGGGAAAACACCAGCUCUUGUUCUGUCAGCAGCUGAUCAGGUGCAUCGGGCAUUUCCAGUGUGUUUCCGAGGAGGAAGAGCAGAUCAUGGAAUUUUUGGAGCAGGUGAACAAAGUGAGUGGUCUGCUACAGAGGAUCUGGAGGACUCAGACCUCAACCAUCCUGCCCUCUUUGAAGGAACUGUUCACUAUCAUUUCUUCAACAGAGGAGCAGGAAGCACCCUCCAACGCUUUGGCCAGCGUGGUUCAGUUUGUCCCUCUGGAGCUCAUGGAUGGCGUCAUAAGAAACCUAACCAACGAUGACAGCAUCACUGAUGUGCAAAUGAUGAUGGCCAUCGGCAGGAUGAUUGACUGGGUGUCCUGGCCCCUGGGAAAGAACAUAGACAAGUGGAUCAUUGCUCUGCUGAAGGGUUUGGCUGCAGUGAAAAAGUUCAGCAUCUUGAUUGAAGUCACUCUUUCAAAAAUAGAAAAGGUCUUCUCCAAGUUGCUGUACCCCAUCGUGAGAGAGGGGGCUUUGUCUGUCCUGCAGUACAUGCUGCUGAGCUUCCAGCACUCCCACGAGGCAUUUCACUUGCUACUCCCUCACAUCCCCAGGCUGGUGACCUCUUUGAAGAAGGAGGAUUCCAAUUCGGCAACCAGCUCCCUGGAGCAGCUGGCCGAGCUCAUCCACUGCAUGUUCUUCCGCUUCUCAGGAUUUCCAGACCUCUAUGAGCCUGUCCUAGAAGCAGUUAAAGCUCUUCCUAUUCCAAAUGAAGACCGGAUUAAACACCUCUUGGGACAAAAUGCUUGGACCUCCCAGAAGAAUGAGCUCGCCUGCUUCUACCCACGCCUGGCAUCUAAAUCAGAGACAGGAAAGAUUGGGUUAAUUAACUUGGGAAACACCUGUUACAUGAACAGCAUCAUACAGUCUCUUUUCAUGGCUUCGGACUUUCGGCAUUCAGUGUUGAAUUUAACUGAGGGCAACUCCCAGCCCCUGAUGACAAAGCUCCAGUGGCUCUUUGCAUUUUUGGAGCACAGUCAGCGACCUGCCAUCUCACCUGAGAGCUUCCUCUCUGCGUCCUGGCCACCCUGGUUCACCCCUGGAGCUCAGCAGGACUGCUCAGAGUAUCUCAAGUACUUGCUGGACCGAUUGCAUGAAGAAGAAAAAACUGGGAAAAGGAUCUACCAGAAACUCAAGGAAUCCAGCUUGAUGUCUCAGGCAGUAGAGCAUCAUUACUUAAACAAGACAUUGAUUGAGAAGAUGUUUGGGGGUAAAAUGAUGACAAAGAUCCGCUGCUUGAAGUGCCUGAACGUCUCUUCCCGAGAAGAAGCCUUCACAGACCUGUCCCUGGCUUUUCCUCCCUCAGACAGGAACAUGCAUGGGAGCACACCUAUUCUACCAGUGGAAGAAAUCGGCCCACAGUUCAUUGAGCCUCCUGAAAAUGCAGGCCAGCUUGCAGGGUCUCCCUGGAUCCGGAGGAAGGACCCCAUGGCCGGGGACCCUGCAACCCUGCCGAUGCUGGUGGAAACAUUGGGUUUCCAGGAGCCGGGAAAAGCAGCAAAUCCCUUAAGUGGCAAUGAUGUUAGCGUGGAUACAGCCAAAGACCCUUUCUCGGCUUUUGGGGAGCAGGCAUGUGCUCCCAAGGACUCCAGAUCUGUCCCAGAUCUAAUCAACUAUUUUCUAUCUCCAGAGAGACUGACAGCAGAGAAUAAAUACCACUGUGAGAAAUGUGCAUCCUUGCAGGAUGCAGAGAAGGUGGCAGAGCUGACAGAGGGUCCACACUACCUCAUCCUCACGCUGCUGCGCUUCUCCUUCGACCCACGGACUAUGAAGAGGAAGAAGAUCUUGGACAACAUCUCCAUCCCUGUGGUGCUCAAGCUACCCAUUCUUGUUGCUCCAGAGGAAACUGAGGUUUGCCAGUGUGGGAAGGAUAGUGCUGCCCCGGGAAGUGGCUUCAUGUCUGUAUUGUACGAUCUCUGCAGUGUAGUGGUGCAUUCGGGCAUCUCCUCUGAGAGCGGCCACUACUACUGCUACUCCAGGGAGUGCACUGACGCUGUCCCCCACGAGCAGCCCCGGGAUGGGGUGCCAAAACCAGCCUCUGACAAGCAGCUGGACUUUGAAAUCCAGUGGUACCUAUUCAAUGACACCAGAGUUUCCUUCUCCUCCUUCGAAUCAGUCAGCAAUGUCACCUCGUUCUUCCCCAAAGACACUGCCUACGUCCUCUUCUACAGGCAGCGGCCGGGCAGGCAGAGCUGCCUGCUGCACGAGGCUGAGGCCGGCCGCCUGCAUGGAGAACCCUCCCUCCAGAAGGACUUGAUGGAAGCAAUUUCCAAAGAUAACAUCCUCUACCUGCAGGAACAAGAAAAAGAAGCAAGGAACAGAGCUGCCUACAUUUCUGCCUUGCCGAAAUCCCCGCUGUGGUGGAAAGACUUGGACAGGGACAAGGAUGAUGACAGCUCCUCAGGGGGCUGCAGCCCAGCAGCAGGUGGGGGCGGAUCUGGCUCCUUUCACGGACUUGUCUUCUAGCCAAUGGGUUAAACCAGAUAGGCAGUGUCCGUGGAGCCAACCUGAAGCCAGAGGCUCCUCUUCCUCACCCUGAUGACAGGGAGCACCUCUGAGGAGGAUUUGAGAAACAUUUCAAUGUAAAAGGACUCAGGGGCCGAUCUGGAGGCAUCUAGAGGGUCUUGCUGCUUCCUAUGCACUUGGUCUUCAUGCCUUAAUGUACCUAAGCUAAUGCGAUGAGCAGCUGCUGACAGCUCGGAGAAGUGCCCUUUUGCUUCAGCGUAACCAUGCCUUUGCCUGCUGUGAGCCAUGCCACUAGCCUGGGGAGGGGACAGGGUCAGGCACGGGGAGGAAGACAGACCCAGAGGGGCCCCAGGGAUGGAGAUAUCCCACGCAUAUCCCAUCUGCAGGCCUUCCCAAGGCGCUAAGUUUGUUUUGGGGGGACCUCUACUCAGUUGUUUUAUUUCUUUGUAAUGUGGUUUUGAGAACCCACCUUGACACACCUUUAACGGUAAAGAAAGGCUGAAAAGUCUGAAAACUGCCAAGCAUCCAAUGUAGCAAUGCUGAUCUGUGAGGCAGUGAGCGUGCAAGCCUGCUUGGUCACAGUAAGCAAUGGCAGGCUGACCAGAGGGGCUUUAUGCUGCGUUGCAAGGCAUCUGAAAGAGACUGAAGGGCACAAACCCCUCCAGCCAAGAGAGACUGACCUGAACCAGUUGGGGGUUCUGGGCUCCAGUGAAGACCUGCUGUGUUAGUCGUGACCUCAGGAUACUGUUAGUGUGCACAGCAGGCCCAGACAUACAGCUGUUUUUACAGAUGUGUCUUUAGGUCUCAGUUAGCCUCUUUCUCCUGCUGUCAUUUGAUGGCUUUCUGGGCUGUAUCCACCCUUUAAAAUUUGGGCUUUCCUUUGGGAUACCCUGCACUGAGCAGCAAAUGACAGAGCCCCCCUAACCUCACUAGCUAUUUAAAAAAAAAAAAGCUGAUUUGCAAGGAGAGGAGCCCAACCAGAUAUAUUAUAUCAACCCAAUAUGAAUAUAUACUAUGUAAACCAAUGUAUUAUAUAAAUCAGUAAUGGGACAAGAGCUGAAUUUGGUGACAGGUGGCCAGCUCAGGCCCCAGAUAGCACAUCCACAGGACCACAGCUCCCUCCCCAGCUGUUGUCCCCAGCCUGCUCCCCCCUCAUGCCUCUAGUAGAGAUAUCUCUAGCUCAAGCGGCAGAGACUUGUGCCUUAGGUCCUAAGUGCAGGGCCUAAUCCUGACCAUGGGUAUUGGGGUGGGAAUACUGUAUUGCUGUGGAGAAAAGGCAAAACACAGACAUUGCUAUGGAUAACAUGAGCAGAAAGUCUGCUAGAGAGGACAUUUCUGAUCAAAUCUCUGAUGCGUACUAUCAUAUUCUUUUAUUGCCUUUCCUAUAUAUAAAUAAAGGAAAUUAAGUAAUUCAA